AUGUUGACCGGGGCUGGAUUACACCGAUUCUACCUGUCAUUAGCGCUUCUUCUUCUCCACCAUGUGACCCUUAUGGCUCAAACAAUUGUCCCGAACAACACCUCUCAAGUGUACCUCUUCUUACGAGAGGAGGAAGUUCCUAUAGGCAAGGUGGUAUUAAGUGCCUCCCGAGCCAUCUAUCUUGCAAAGGACUACGCUAAGCGUGGCGUGUAUUCUGUGACAAUCGAGGAACUGACCGAUCCGUCGCCAGACUUUUAUUACCCUGAACCCCUUUUUAACAUGUCCGAGAAGAUGGACUACUUCACCAUUAACACGUACACUGGAUUAGUAAAGACGACCAGACGCCUCGAUUUUGACGACCCAGCACUGAAGACCGCUGGAUGCGUUCCGAGUAGGGCGAACUCACUCACCGAAGUGUUUCAUCAGAACAAUCCUUCAUCUUUAAAGUCCAUCUCCUACUGCUGCUUUUCCUUCCAAAUUACAAGCUUAAGAGAAGACUCUUUGCAAAUCCAUAUAUGCAUUGGCGACAUCAAUGACAACGCGCCCGAAUGGAAUUUAAAAUCAUUCGACAAAUCGAGAUUGGAACACGUGAGUCUACCUAUUGCAAUGUCUAAAUAUUGUAAAUAA